CCUCUCCCCCUCGCCUCCCCUCCAACCCCCUCCUCUUUCUCCCACCCCACCCCCAAUCCAUUAGUUUUUCACUGUAACAAAGAAAACCGUUAGGCAAAACCAACUGACAGCUGACAGUUUUUACAAAAUUCCGUACCUACAUUCCCCCACUUCUCUACUGAAAGAAGGCAGCCUCUUACCAUCUCAUCUGGGGGCCAGGAUUGGUCGUUAUAAUUACUUAGCUUUGGGUUUCAUUUUAUUUUAUAUAUAUAUUUUGCAUUUACAUUAUCAUGGUUUGUGUGAAUAUCUUUUGCUUAGUUAUGCUUUCUUUCAAAUGAAUAUUUUUUAAAAGAUUGGUUGUGUUUUUCAGUCUCAGGGAAGAAGCCAGUAGGUCAAGAGAAACAUGAUGAGAAAUGUUUUUUGGUCUAACAAGUGUGAUUGUUACUUCCCUACUGGGAGAUUUUCAGUGCUUUCUUAAUGCCUCCAGGAUAAAAUGCACUCUUUAGCCUUUGAAAAUCUAUGAUCUAGUUUUCACCUGCCUUUUCAGAUUAAUUUCAUAUUGCCCUCUUUCAUCCACUGUGUGUUCCUGUCAAACUAGUGUCCUAGCUGUUCACUGUCUAUCCAUCUUCAUUGAUCUUUUUGUAUAGUCAAAUGUCUGAUAUGUACUCUCUCCUCCCUUCAAUCCUACAAAUCCCUCGCUUUCUUUAAAGCUCAGUUUAUGUCUCACUUCCUAUAGGAGAUCUUUCCUGAACCUCUCCCAUACCUUAUUCCCAUGAACUGUGUCCUCCUGGUUAAAUGUAAGCUCUUUGGAGGUUAUUUUCAUUUUUUGUCAUCUCUCCAUCACCUUGUCUAAUAUCUUGUAAUUAGUAAACACUUAUUCAGUGUUUGUUACACUCAAUCAGAUUGAGAUUAGAACUCUUAGGGUCAAUUCAACUGAAGAUCAUACCUCUGAUACAUAGUGAUUAGUGGUUUUUUUUGGAAACAUGGAGUUGGUUGACAUAGUAUAGAGAUUUUCCUGGUAUUCUGAGUGCAGGGAGAAGAAAUAUAUUCCAACAGGACCUUACCCCUUUGUGCCAUCCAGGGACUCUGUGCAAGGUUAUUGAUGAUGAGGUUCUUUUAGAGCUUUAGAAGCAUGACUUUGGAUUUCACAAAAUUGAAUAGCUUUAAAAAAUAUUCCUAGAGAAUUGUUUAGUAGUUGACUUUCUGAAGAAAAAUGUUAUAGACCAGUAAGAGCAGAGAAUGAAUUAGAGAUUGAUGAUCAUUAAAAAUGUAUUUGAUUUGGCAUUAAUCCUUAUGUAAACAUUAACCUGCAACUUAAUCUAAAUUAUCUCUUUCCAAGUUUUCCCCUUGUUUCUGUCUCUAUCUGUGGCUUAGGAGUUUUUAAUGGAGUAGAGGCAAAGUAAUAGGAUAAAAGAGAUUUUGUUUUAAAAGGUUUUGUUAUCCACUGUAACUCUUGUCAAACAACAAACUCAUCUAAUUAAGAGGACUGGGGAAAGUGAUUAGAGAUAGUACUGGGGAGAAUUUGCUAGAUUUGGAGUCAAAAGACCAAGGUCACGUAAGUUUCUGAACCUUUCUGGGCUUCAGUUUCUCUUCUGUAAAAGGAGAAAUUUGGGUGCUAUAGACUCAAAAAUCCCUUCCAGCACUGAAUCUGUGAUGCUAUUUCUGUUCUUCAUAUGAAAUCACAUACUAGUGGUGGGGAAGGGGAUGAGUUGUUUUUUACUCUUUCUUUUCGGUUUGGAGUUUCAAGCUGAGCUGUUGAGCCAUGCCUUCUGCAUUGAGGUUUUAGGAUAUAACUGUGGGUACACUGUCCAUCUUCAAAGGUUUUACAAAGGGGUUACUUUUACUGGUACUUCAUGGUCAUGUGACUCCUCUUUGAAAGAUGUGGGACAAAUCCUCCUUGGAAUUUCUCUUCCUUAGGAAAGAGCUUUUCAUUAAAAAAAAAAAAGCCACAUGUGAGCUUUUAGUGAGCACAUGAUAUAUAUACUUGUCUGCACAAUGAAUACCUAACCAGAAAAUACCAAUUUUUUUCUUGUAAAAAAAAUUGGGAUCCUGACUUUACAAGGAAGUUAUGGCUUGUUAAACUUACUUAAAUAGAUUUUAAAUGGGCUGUGCUUUCUUUUGUACUUUUAUUUUCAUCAAUGCCACAUUUUUUUGCUUAUAUUGAUAUAUGCAUUGUUUCUAUUAUGCACGGAAUAAGGAGCCAUGCUUCUUUAGAUAGACUUCAUCAAACCUAUGUAAUAGCAUGGGAUGAGGGCUAGAAUUCUAUGAACCUAGCAUAUAAAUUUUUCCUGAAUUGUUAUUAUUGCCAAUAAAAUAAUAACACAUUUACACAGUGCUUCAACACUUAAAAAGCACUUCUCAAUAACCAUGUGAAAUAAAUGAUGCAUUUAAAAUACUCCCCAUUUUAUAAAUGAGGAAAAUGAAGUUUAGAGAAGUUAAACAAUUUGAUUAGUUUCCCACAGCCAAGAUUCAAAUUCUGGUUUCCUGAUCCUAUAUUUGAUACACUUUAUACCUUGAGUGGUCCUUGAGCUGAAGGAAACUGAAAUUCUAAGAGGUACAAUUGAGGAUAGAGUUCAUUUCCAAGCCUGAAAGAAAGUCAGUGCCAAAGUUUAGCAGAUGGAGAUGGCAUGUCAUAUAUCAUGAACAAGAGAAAGCCAUUUUGGAUGGAUUUUAAAGUAUAUGAAAACUGGAAUAAGAUUGGAGACAGGUUGUGAAGAACUUUAAAUGUCAAGUAGAGGAGUUUAUAUUUGAUCCUAGAGCAAAUGGGGAGCCAUUGGAUUCUGCUGAUUACUAGCAGAAACAAUGAAGAAAUUGUUUAAAGGGUCUCAAGGUGCAUAGACACACUGAUCAAGAUGUUAAUAGACUUUGUCUCUGGUACAAUUAAUUGGGGAUGAGAAGUGAAGAUUCAAAGUGGCUGAAAAGAGGAGAGUUGAAUUGAAUACUUUUUAUAUAAAAUCAAAUACUAAAAACUAUGUGCCAAAAUCAGUUUCAUUCUGAAGACAUAGAUAUGGAUGGAGUGUUGAAAUAAUUCUAGAAGUAAAACAAAGUGAAAAAGUUACUCUUUGUGCUAUGUGUUUGAGAGAGAUUUUUCUUUUAAAAAGUCACUGAAAUGUUUUCUAUUUCUGUGAAGCCAUAUAUUGUUUUAUCUGGAUGACUUAAUUUCCUUCAGGGUCUCUUCCUGAUAUUCAAAAACAAAAACAAACAAAAAAACAAACAAACCCCAAACCAAAAACAAACCCCAACAGCCUCAUCCAUAGACCAAUCCAAAAUUCACAGGUGUUUUUAAAUUGUUGGUCCUGUGAUGUCUAUUUAAGCACUUUAUUAUCUAUUUUCUUAUUUAUCUUCUUUUCAUGUACUUAAACAUUGUCUCUUUGAUAAUAUUUACAUUUCUUUGAGCUCACAGUUUAUAUAAUAUGCUACUUUUGUCCUCACCACAGUACUAGGCAUGUAGCAGGUGCUUCAAAAGGAAUGAAUGAAUUUUUGAAAUGGCAGGCUGUUUUCCUGUUAACAACUUCAGUUGUUGAGAUACUCUUUUUAUAGUUCCUUGUUUCCUAAAUCGAGCUUUCCUUACUCAUCUUCAGUGGCUUGAUGCACCUCUCUAGUGCAAGUCAAGCCAAGAUGCGAAGCAUUUAUUAAGCAGAGACUGCACACAAGCAUUGUGGGAAGUGCCAGGACUUGGUCUAUUUUGAGUGGACGUCUUAUAUUGAGGGCAGUUUCUUGGGAGCUGCUUAGACCUCAUUACAUUUUGUGAAGGAGAAUCAUCUCUCUCCUGUCACCAUCAAGCAAGCAUAGUAGGGUACAAAGACUACUGUAUCUGGCAAUCCGAGGCUUGAGUUCAAAUCCAGUGCUGCUACUUAUUAUCUUUUCUGACUAUAGAAAAGUCACUUAACCAUCUGGAGCCCCAUUUUUCUCAUAUGUAAGAGAAGGAAGUUGGAAUAAAUGACUUCUAAGUUCAGCUCUAAAUCCUAUGAAAAAAAAUUGGCUCACAAUACUGUGGAAAGGUUGAAUCUUGUUCCUGAUCCCUGAUAGUUUGUCUCCUGCCUUGCCAUGGACAAACAAGGUAUUUUAUCUGGAGACUUUCCCCUAGUUUCUGGAAAUGAGUGCUUGAUUCCUUACUCUUUCAGUUCUCUCUGAGGUACUUCAGGGAAACCAGAGAAGAUAUGAAAAAUACCAAACUUUCAGGCUUCUGUACAAAGGAAUGAGCACUGAACUUGAAGAAUGAGACUUGAGUUUCAAUUCUGAUUUCAGCUUGGGCCUUGUGGAAAUUUGGGCAAGUCACAACAUUUCAGGUCUUCAGUUUCAUCAUCUGUAAAAUGACUAGGAUUGGACUUGAUGACUUAUAAGGUUGUUUCUAGUUCUAGAUCUAUGGCAUAUAAACAUUAAGUAAAACAUAGUCAAAAUGAAAGAGAUAUACUUUUGGGCUUCAUACUGCACCAGAAAAAAAUUGAGGCCACUCACCCAGAGCUUCUCUUCCCUUUUCCUCUUCUUUCAUCACUCAGAUAUCUUUUCUAACUUAUUGUCUUUCUCAUCCCUGUCUCUUAUGAAGAAGUGACCCUUCUCCUUGCCAGGCAAACCCUUUCAAGUACAACCUUGAUUUCAUUCUCUCUUAAUUUUCUCCAGAAGAUUGCCUCCUCUGUCAUCACUACUCUCAUUUAUCUUUAGUCUCCCUCGUCUUCUAUCUCCUUCUUUGUUGUUAGAGAUUAAUGUCUAUCUUGUCCUUAAAAAUAAAAUCCUUGGUGUGACCUUCCCAUUUAGCUACUGUACGAUAUGUCUCCUUCCCUUCUUCAUAGCUAAACUCCUUGAGAAGAUCCUUCCUAUCAAGUGCCUCCACUUCUUUUCUUCCUACUCUUCUAAAGUCUCUGUGAUCUGGUUUCUGACAUUUAGUGGAAAUUGCUCUAUUCCAAGUUCUCAAUGAUACAUACCUCUUUUCAGUCUUUUGACAAUGUUGAUGACCUUAUUUUCCCUGUAUAUUCCCCCCUUUCUAGGUCCUUGUGAAAUUGAUUUCUAAUACUUCCCUGACCUUCCCUCAAUGUCCUUUGCUGAUUCUUGGUCCACAGCACACCUGCUAAACCACAGCUAUUUCCCAAAGUGCUAUUGUGGGCCCUCCUCUUUUUUCUCUUGAUAUCAUAACACUUGUUUAUCAUGGCUCUCAUGGGUUCAGCUCAUUUCUCUGGAGUCUCCCAGAUUUAUAUUCUUCUCUCCUGAUCUCUAGUCUCACAUUACCAACUGCUUUUUCAGCAUCCUGAACUGGAUGUCCCAUAGGCACCUCAAAAUUCAACAUGUACUUAAGAGAACUCAUCAGCUCUCCUUCCCAAAAUUUCCCUCUCCCCAACUUUCCUUUUAUCUGUUGAGGGCACAUUACCAUGUUCUCCAGCACUGAAAUUCACAACUUGGUGUCUUUUUUUUUUUUUACUCUUCAUAUUCUACAUAUCAAUCUGUUGUCAAAUCUUGUCAUUUUUUUUACAUUCAUAGCAUCCUUCUUUUAUGUCCCUUUUCUCCACUCCUAUAGCCAUUACACUUGCACAGUUCCUCAUUGUCUCUCUCCUGAACUAUUGCUAUUUGCCUGCUUCAAACUGUCCUUCCCUGCUUCAGUAUAUCCUCCAGGGCCACUUACUUAGUUGUCAAAGUGAUUUUCCUAAAGUGUAGGUCUUAUUUGUCACUUGCCUUUUCCCACUACUCAUUAAACACCAAUGACUAUUACCUCUCGUGUCAAAUCUGAAAGACUCCAUGUAAUAUUUCAAGUCCUUCAUAUCCUGGCCCCUUCCUCCCAUUUCCAUCUUAUACUUUACUCACUUCUACAAGCUUUACUUCAACUACAUUGACCUCCUUGCUGUUGUUCCUCAUAUGUGACUUUUCAUCUUUCUACUUUGUGCAUCUGCACUGUCUCCUGUGCUUGAAUUGUACUGCCUCCUUUUCUUUGAUCAGAUGAUUUAAUACUUUUAAAGUACCCAACAUAGUGCUUGGCCCAUAGAGCAGGAGCUAUAGAAUGUUUAUUCCCUCCCCUUCUUCCUUUCUCUUGUCUCUUAAUUGCCCUUUCCUUCAAGACUCAUCUCAAAAUCCUAUCUUCUACAGGAGGCUAAUCUUAUCUUUCAUCCUCAUUCUUGAUCCCUUCUACCAGAGAUUUCCUUCUAUUUUUCUGUUUAUAUCUUGUCCACACCUAUUCAUUUGCAUAGUGUUUCUCCCACUAAAAUGUGAGUUCUUUGAGAGUGGUGAUGGCAUUUUUGCUUUUUUAGUAUGGAUAGCACUUAGCAUAAUCCCUGGCACAUAGCUGGUGUUUAAUAAAUGCUGGUUGACUGACUGGAUGAAAAUAAAAAAGAAAACCUCAACUGAUCUAUCCUCAAACUUGGUCCUCCUCUCCAUGUCUAUGCUGCAAUCAGUAUAGAUGACUCAGUUUCUGAACACCGUUCUUUGUACCACUGUCACCAUUGUCCUUACCCAGAUACAUCUUGUUUCUCAUUUUGACAAACUCCUGCCAGACUCCCCUUUCUAGUCCUUCUAGUCCUUCUCCAAAGAGGUGUGCUUCAAAGAUGUAGGAUGCACUCAUGUCACCUCACCAUCAUUCAAGUUCUAUGAUGAUAGUAACAGUUCACAGUCAUCUGGCACUGCUGUCCUAACUACCUGGUGAUGUAGGCAGUAUAUGUACUAUUCUGUUUAAUAAGUAAGGAAACCUGGCAAGUAAGUGUUAGCACUGGCACUUAAACUGAGGACCUCUGAUUCCAAUGACUGGCUUCUUUUCAGUUCUUACUUUUGUUCUUCUGAAUGGAUUGCCAUUGUUGCAAGCCAGGUCCAUCCUGUGCUUCAUAAUGCCUUCUAAGGAUGCCCUGCAGUGUGUAGUUCUCCCAUUGGAUUCUAUUCCCGUUUACAGAAUCACAAUCUCAGGUCUAUAAAAGCCUGCUUCACAGUGUACCCCUCCGGUCUUUGCUAAGCUAUGUGCCUGGCACAUGGUAAGCCCUUAACAAAGGCUUGUUGAAUGGAAUGGAAUUGACGUUUGGACUGUUAUUUGUUUCAUGAGAUAGGCUUAAUAGGUUUCUUAUCUAUUUUAAUUAAGUAGAAAAAUUUACUCGGCUUGGGGGUUCAGUCUAACAAGGUUUGAUCCUUCAUCUUUAUAUUUCUGCUGGGAUGUAUGUCAGGGAAGGACACCUCUGGUGUAGGGACUUGGUAUGAGAGCUUGCUGAGCCCUUUUCUGGGCUGCUUCUCUACCUACAGCAUGUGCAGUGACUACACCCUAGUAAAACUGUCUUGAUAGAUGGGCCAAACAGGUGGAGGGUAACAGAGGAUACAAACCUGUCGGUAAGUUAGGGAGGCGUCUACCCUAGCACAGGAAGACUUUCUCCUGGGGCAAUGAGUGCUUAGAGCACACUUGGACAUUGAAGAUGCCAAAUCAUCCACAGCAUCUGAGGUCAUUGCCGGCCAGCCUGACUUUGGUCCUGCCCCUGGACUUUGAUGACUCUGAAAGAGAGGGUGAAGCUGAGGACUUUGUGUAAUUUUGUCUCACUUAAAUCCAAUUCACAGGCAAGUCAAGGCAAUACUCUGUGCUAUCAUUGGUCCUCUGAAAACCUAGGACAGAGAUGAUUUCUACUACCCUUAAUUGGCUCAGUAAAUAGAGCAGGGGGCAUGAAGUUAGAAGGACCUGAGUUUGGAUCUGUUUUCAGACACUUAUUGGAGCAAGUGACUUCUUCUGCCUCAAUCUACUCAAUCAUAAAAUAGAGAUAAUAGCACUUACUUUGAAGCGUUGUUGUGAGGAUCAAAGGAGAUACUUGUAAAAGCCCUUAGCACAGUGCCUGACACAUGGUAGAGACUUCAUAAAUGCUUGUUUCCUUUUACUCAUCAGUGUUACUCAGGGAUUAAAGUAUUGUACUAAUGGGAAGGCAUCAUAGCAUGGUAGAAAGGUCACUAAAUCAGAAAUCAGUACCUGUGUUCUACUGUCUUAUUUCGCACUCGGUACUCUAUGUAAAUCAUUCCCUUUUGAAUAUAUUUCUACAUCUGUCAAAUGAAAGGGGGUUGAUAAGACUGAGAUUGUCAUCAUCUUUAUCCCUCAUCUCAUUUGUUUCUUGUAUUCUUCCUACUUCAACUUAACUCAUCAGCCUUUUAAUUUAAUAAAGUGCCUUCGGUCCUUCCCUGAGACUCUAUUUACCAUCCCUUUCAAAACAACCAACCUCUCUCUUUUCUACCAAUUCUGAAAUCAUAUUCCCCACCCUACUAUGUUUAAACUUCCAAGUUACUCAUGGCUCCCCUCUUUGCCAGAGGCAUUUGUACCAUUCCUUGUACAUGCUACAACCUCUGGUUUAACUUGUGUGUGUUCAGUGUUUGUACAGUUGGCACUUGUCCAUAUAUCUUUAAAGAAAUGUUUUUGUAGGUUGUAAAAUCCUAAAGGGCAGAGACCAUGUGUCUACCUUGCUGUAUAGAACACAGCAUACAGAUGGGUGCUUUCAUAAGUCCUCUGGAUGAUCAGGGAUAAGGUAUUUAUGUUAAAGAUUGAAUUUUUAUAACUUUCCAUAAAACUACAUCUCAACCACUCCAGAAAUUCUGACAAUAUUUCCCUAGAGUGUGGAUGUUCUCGGACCUGGUUAGAUCUGAUCUCCUACUCUGACUAAAAUUACCACGUAAGACUCUAUAAGCACUGUUGCAGAUGUCAUGAUUCCUUAUAAAACAGGUGUGAAUGCUUAGACUCUUCUUGUAAUAAAUUUGCCAAGGAAGGCGAUGAAUGAUGUGAAAAGUUGUGCUAUUUUCUUGGUGGGAUUUAUUGCUUUUUUCCCCCCUCUCCUUUUGGCUAUUGAACUUCAAAUUGGUUAAUGUGCUGAUUGAGACCCUACUUCCCAGGCAUUUCUUGCUGUAGAUCAGGGUAUUCAUCUUAUACGUAGGGUCCAACUCAAUUGAAAUGGUACCAGUGAUGCCUGGACAAUUGAUGCCUAGCUUUUGAAGCCCUUAGCAGCUUGCUUUCUCCCUACUGUGUUAAAAAGGAUUAACCACCCGGGGCAUAAUCACUAUGGAGACCAGACAGUCCUUUUGCCUGCUUCUUUAGGCAAUGGUGGGUUCAAGUCUCCUCAUGAAUAGAAAUAAGCCUUGUGACACACAGUUCAUGUAUUUUGAACAUGGCUCACUGAGUUGAGAAGGCAGAAGCCUGUUUGAGAGAAAAUAGACAAAUUUUAUUUGUGUUUGUCCUUUGAAGGAAUUUGAGAAUUUUUGUUUCUUUACGAAGUUUUGUUCCUUUAAAAAUCCUGUGAUUUUUCCUUUGGCAUUUUUUGUAAUACAUUGGCUUCUUAAUAUUUAAGAACUUACUGUGAAAGUUUUAAAAAUCUUUUUCAUGGGGACAGUUAUGCAAUAUGUAUAUAAGAUUUUACCAUGCAUAUCACUGUAUUUCUUUAAGAUUUAUACUUAGCAAAUAAAAUGGACUUCUUGUACAUAGUUUUUUAUAAUGAGAUAGUUGAACAAUUCUGAUAAAACUAAAAAAAAAGAUAAGCCAUGGAAUCUUGAAUCUUGCUGCUUUUCUGUUCAUUGGCCUCUAAAUCCAUUAAAACUCAUUUAUUCAUUCUUCUUUUUCUAGUCAUAUGCUUGUGCUUCCCUCUCACUUUACUCCUUAGACAAGGUUUAACAUAGUGAUAUUAUAGAGUUUAAAUUAUUUGAAGGUCAGAACUCUAUUUUUCAAUAUCUACACUUAGUGAGUGUCUAAAGACUUAACAAACACUUGGAUUCAAUUAAAUAUAGAUCUGAAGUCCCAUAUAACAGUAUUAUGACUUCAUUAAUCUUAUAAUUGAGUGUGUUGGAGGGAAGCUAGCUGGCUCAGUGGAUUGAGAGCAAAGGUCUAGAAAGAUGAGAGGUCCUGGGUUCAAAUCUAUUGUCAGAUCCUUCUUAGCUAUGUGACUCUAGGCAAGUCACUUAACCCUCAUUGCCUAUCCCUUAUCACUUUUCCUCCUUAGAACUCAUACACAAUAUUGAUUCUGAGAUGGAAGGUAAGGAAGGGUUAGAAAAAUCUUAUGAUUGGAAUAUUGGGCUAACAUUGUAGUUGUUCAGUGAUGUCCAAUUCUUCUUGACCCUAGUUGGGGUUUUCUUGCAAAGAUACUGGAAUGGUUUUCCAUUUCCUUCCCCAAGAUUAGGUAAUAAGCAUUAUUUCCUCUUAUUUAAAAAAAGGAAACUAAUUAUAUCUUGCCCAUUUUUAAUACCUUUAGUGCCUAGAAUUUGGGACAAGAGAACUAUUUCUAUACAAGCAUCGUGGAAUGUUUGCUUGAUCUUACAUUAUUUAUUAUUAGGACAUGGGAUCCAUAUGAAGGAAGUGCAGAAUUGAAAGGCACCUCUGAGACCAAAGAGUCCAAACUUUCUCUAAUCAGAGAUGUUUUUGCACAGAUGUAAAUCUCCCUUUGUCCAGUUAUUCCCCAUUGAAGCAGUAAAGAUGUUUGUAAUUGAACACUCCUCUUCCCUUUCUCCCCUUCACCAAUCAGCACUUCGCCCUUUCUCUACUCAGGCCUUCUACACCAUCUGUCCCAUCAGAUAACUUCCCCUUAUUAUCCCCACCCCUCAGCUUCUUUACAUAAUCCUUCUGGCCACACUCCUCAAGGGCUGUAGCCAGGGAACAAAGCAGAGUCCAGCACUUCUACUUUCCUUUGCUCUAAACUUGAAGUCACACUAAAGUGGAAACUUUGAGAAUCUGGUGCAUUAGCUCAAGGACAGGUUGUAGGAGAGCACAGGAAAGAUGGAUCUAGCAUCUCCUCUUGAGAGGCAUUCUCCUCUGGGAUUCAGUAAGUCCAUGGGGUUAAAUGUAUUAUAUGGGUGGAUUUGGGAGUGUCUUCUGCAUUCCUGGAGACUGAUUUGCUAAUUUUCAUUGAUUUUGAUGGUUUUAUUUCUUGAUUAUGAUCUUGGCUUUAAAAAUAUGUGUAAUUAAAGUCUUCAGUUGGUUGUGAGCACCAUAGCCUGUUGUUACCUAAAACUCUUUUUAGGCUGUCCAAAGAUGCAUCUGAGAUUGUUUCUUCCACCUUUGAGAGUGGUUGUUGUUCAGUUGUUUUAGUCUUGCCCAAUACUUUGUGACUCUGGUGGGGGUUUUCUUGUCAAAGGUACAGGAGUGGUUCACUAUUUCCUUCUCUAGCUCAUUUAACAGAUGAGGAAACUAAGGCAAACAGGAUUAAGUGAUGGGCUCAGGGUCACACAGCUAGUAAGUAUCUGGGGGCCAAGUUAGAACUCAGGAAGAUGAGAGUCUCCCCUUCCAGAGGGGAAGGAGACACUAAAAAAAGUAUCCUUUGAGACUUUAACAAGUUAAAAUGCCUUUUAACUUGCCAUUUCUACAAUUAGAACCUUAAACACUUUCUACAAAAAGCAAAGAGGUAGAGGGGAUUCCGAGAAUUUAACCAGCUCAUCUACUUGCUCCCAAAUGGAAUUCUAGUCGAAGCAUGACAGAUGAAUGUCUGUUCUCUUUGUCAGGAUCACAAGGAAAAGUGAUUACAGAUUCCCUUGGGGACCUGUCAGAACUUUCCUUCUCAGUAUAUAUAGUACCAAAUCUGGCUUCUACGGUUUAAGACCAUUUCCUCCCAUUCUGAACUGACUGGAGAUAUGGAACAGCUGGUCAUCAUUAUCCACAUAUAAUAAUGAAUAUUCUUGUUCACCUUUGUCACCCGUCUUCCUGUUCUUCUCUAGACUGCUAUCUGAAUUCCUGAAGUUGCUAGUUGCCUCCUCCUUAUUCUUUGGUAUAUCCAGGCUUGUUUUAUUCUUUGACCAUGAGUAACAGGGUCUAAAGCCUGGCUCUUGCUCUGUUGAAACCAGUCUGUUGACUCUGGGAGUGUUCUUGUCCAAUACAAUGAGUGUUGUGCCCCUAGUUAGGAUUUAGUUUAGGAUUUAGGAUAGUUAGGAUUUUGAAAGGACUUUUUGCCAGGGGGAAAAAUACAGGAGCAAGUAUUGUUUGUUUAUUUUCAAGCAACAUGCACUAAAAUUGAGCACCUGAAUGUCAGAGAUUACAUUUCUGUUAUUAGAUGCAUUUAGCUUUUGAAUUGCUGCUGGGGCAAAGAAGACUCUAGUUCAGAUCUACAGUUGUGAGAUUUUUGAAUCAAGGUCUUUGUGUGCAGUGUGAACAGCUGACACAUUCAGCUUCUCAAUAGCAGCUUUUGUCCUGCUACCUUUGGCCAACACCAUGCCUGGUGCUAUAUUGGUUGCCCUUCAAGCGUAUUAACUUAGAAUAUCGUACAAAGAAGAGCUGCGGCUGAGUGAAUUACUCCGUGGUCUUUCACCUCUGGGGUCAUCCUUGGAACUUGGUCCUGACAAGAGUAAACAAACGCACACAACAUCACUUUGCUCAAACUGGCCUUGAUCCGGACACUUUAAGUUUACUUUAUAUAUGAAAAGGAAUAUCUAUGAAAGGAGCAGAGAGUUUAUUUUAAUGAGUGGAAGAUUUUAAAGUUAAAAAAAAAAAGGAAGCCUUGAAGUCUUUAUAGCCUAGUUCAGGUCUUAACAACCUAUACCAUGUAUGGAAAAGUGGCAUGAAAACCUAUUUGCUGCCCAAGUGCCUCUGUCCGUGCUGCUUGUGAGAGCUGCUGACUGCCAGCUUUCAGGAGGAAAGGUGUGAGAACUUGGGCCCACUGUCACUUGAUCCUUCUGCCUCAGCUUCCUCAUCUGUAAAAGCAGAGAGAUUAAAGUGACUUGUUCAAGUGAAGGCUAAGUGUUUUCAUGGAUUCUCUUUUCCUGGCUGUUGAAGUGCCCUGUUCUCAAGACCAUGUGAACUGCACUGCUCAUUAAUUGCUUCUUAUCAAAAAGUGAAUCUUCAGGUUACGAUGGGAAACUCUGAGAGUCAAUACAGUCUCCAAGGAUCUAAAAAUCAUAGUAGUUCUUCUACUGGUGCUAAACAGAAGCCAUGUCCCCUGAAAAUCCGCAGCAUCCAUGCAAAAGAUGAAAAGUCUUGCUCAUUGCAUGGGUGGGGUCAUGGAAACAGUGGGACAAAUUACAAGUCUCGCUCCCUGGCCAGGAGCUGCCUUUCUCACUUUAAGAGUAACCAGCCUUAUUCAUCCAGACUCGAUCCGAUGGCCAAAGUCUCCAAAGGCAGUGCCCACACAAAGCACAAAGGGAAUGUGUCAGGAAACUAUUUCCAAGGGAAGAAUUCUGCCUUCUUGUCUGAAAAUGGCUUUCAUUAUAUUAGUCAUGAACCAGCAGAUAACCACAUCACCUCCAGAGACUGCAAUGGACACCUUCUGAACUGUUAUGGGAAAAAUGAAAGUCUUGCAUCAACACCACCAGCUGAAGACAGAAAGAGCCCCAAGGUUCUAAUUAAAACACUAGGGAAACUGGAUGGAUGUUUAAGGGUUGAGUUCCACAAUAGCAGCAACAACAAAGUGCCUACAGAGGACUCCACUGGACCAGUCCAGCUUUUGAGAUAUUCCCCUACCUUAGAGUCUGAAACUUCCAAUCUAACUGAAAUCAGGAGAAAUUCUAGCACCGAUUAUUCUGCCAGCCAUUGCCUUUCUCCUACUGAUUCCCGGCUGAGAUCUAGCAAAGGCAGCUCUUUUAGCUCCGAGUCUUCCUGGUAUGACUCCCCUUGGGGAAAUGCUGGAGACAUCAAUGAGUUGGAGGGACCCUACCUGACCAGAAGCACUCCAGAUACCAGCAUCCACUCCAGUUUUCCAUCCGAUGAUGCCAAAAAGCCUUUCAACCAAAGUUCAUCUCUUUCUUCCCUCCGGGAACUGUACAAAGAUGCCACCUUAGAAAGUCUUCCACCCUCGGGCAUUAGAUUUUCUGAUGAAUACAUUGGCACACAUGCCAGUUUAAAUAGUAGAGUUUCAUUUGUCUCAGACAUUGAUGUGCCCUCAAGAGCAGAGCAGAGAGGCCCUGUACAGUACUGUUCUUAUACCCUUCCCUGUCGGAAGUCCAAACCCUUAACAGAAGAUACUUCCAAAAAGGACACGUUAAAAACUAGAAUGAGGCGAAUCAGUGAUUGGACAGGAAGUCUCUCAAGAAAGAAAAGGAAACUGCAGGAGCCCAAAUCCAAGGAUGGAUAUGACCAUUUGGAAAACCGAACAGAUGGUCUCAGUGCAGAAGUGCUGGUCCCUUCUCAGCUGUCUAGUUUACUGUGGCCAGGUGGAUCUGGCCAGACCCUGCCUCAGAGGAGUGAGUCUACUAAUGCAAUUAGCAGCGAUCCCUUGCGACAGAACAUCUAUGAAAAUUUCAUGCGGGAGUUGGAGAUGAGUAGGACUCAUGUGGAUAACACAGAAACAUCUACAGACACUGCAGAUUCUAGUAGUGAUUCACUUAGCUCUUUAGAGCAACUGGACCUGCUCUUUGAGAAGGAACAAGGAGUGGUCCGGAAAGCAGGGUGGCUCUUUUUCAAGCCUCUGGUCACUCUUCAGAAAGAGAAGAAGCUAGAGCUUGUGGCACGGAGGAAAUGGAAACAGUACUGGGUCACUCUUAAAGGCUGUACCCUGCUGUUCUAUGAGACAUAUGGGAGAAAUUCCAUGGAUCAAAGUAGUUCACCUAGAUGUGCUCUGUUUGCGGAAGAUAGCGUAGUGCAAUCUGUUCCUGAACAUCCCAAGAAGGAAAAUGUAUUCUGCCUCAGUAACUCCUUUGGAGAUGUCUACCUUUUUCAGGCCACUAGCCAGACUGACCUGGAAAACUGGGUGACUGCCAUCCAUUCUGCUUGUGCUUCUCUUUUUGCAAAGAAGCAUGGGAAAGAAGACACAGUCCGGUUGUUGAAGAAUCAGACCAAAAAUCUACUCCAAAAGAUUGACAUGGAUAGCAAGAUGAAAAAAAUGGCUGAGUUGCAGCUCUCUGUGGUUAGUGACCCUAAGAACAGAAAAGCCAUAGAAAAUCAGAUCCAGCAGUGGGAGCAGAAUCUAGAAAAAUUUCACAUGGAUCUCUUCAGGAUGCGCUGCUAUUUGGCUAGUCUACAAGGUGGAGAGUUACCAAAUCCCAAGAGUCUCCUUGCUGCCACAAGUCGUCCUUCUAAACUGGCACUGGGCAGAUUGGGCAUCUUAUCAGUUUCUUCCUUCCAUGCUUUGAUAUGUUCCAGAGAUGAAUCAGCUCUGAGGAAACGAACAUUAUCAUUGACUCAGCAAGGUCAAAGUAAGAAGGGAUUGUUUUCAUCACUGAAAGGACUGGAUACUUUGGCAAGAAAAGGGAAAGACAAAAGGCCAUCCAUAACUCAGAUUUUUGAUUCAAGUGGCAAUCAUGGAUUUCCCGGAACUCAGCUGCCUCAGAGCUCCAAUAAUUCCAGUGAGGUGGAUGAAUUUCAACAUAUUUAUAGUUCUGCAUCAGACAGUGGUCCCCGAGAAAACAUUUGGGAAAGCCAGACUUAUGUUCAUUUUCAGGAUAAUCAAGGAGUUACUCUAAUCAUCAAACCAGAACAUAGAGUGGAAGAUAUUUUGUCUCUAUCAUGCAAGAUGAAGCAACUAGACCCCAGCUACUAUGGCCUACAACUUAGAAGACUGGUUGAUGACAACUUUGAGUAUUCAAUUCCAGCUCUUUAUGAAUACAUGCAAGAACAGGUUUAUGAUGAAAUAGAAAUCUUCCCUCUCAGUAUUUAUCAUGUACUUCUUACUAAGACUGGGAACAUAACAGAUUUUGGGUUUGCAGUUACAGCUCAAGUUGAUGAACACCAGCACCUCAGCCGAAUAUUUAUAAGUGAUGUUCUCCCUGAUGGCCUGGCAUAUGGGGAAGGGUUGAGAACAGGCAAUGAGAUCUUGACUAUAAAUGGGGAAGUCAUUUCUGACCUUGACCUUAGGCAGAUGGAGUCAUUAUUUUCUGAGAGAAGUGUGAGGCUCACCCUGAGAACCAAUUCUUCAGAUACGAAGCGAACUUUGGGUACCUCCUGGUCAGACAGCGACCUUUCCAGGGACCAGAAAAACCUGCUCCCCCCUCCCAACCAAUCACAGCUUCUGGAAGAGUUUUUGGAUAAUCUUAAGAAGAACACAGCAAAUGAUUUCAGCAAUGUUCCUGAUGUUACAGCUGGUUUGAAAAGAAGUCAAACUGAUGGUACCUUGGACCAAGUUCCCCACAGGGAGAAAACUGAACAUACAUUCAGGAGUGCUGAACAAAUUGCUGCUCUGUGUAGGAGCUUUAACGAGGUUCAGCCAAGCACAGACAGCAUGGAAGGGCCCAAAGAGGCACAGGAGCCACCCCCAAGGCCAUUGGCUCGGCACCUCUCUGACGCAGAUCGACUGAGAAAAGUUAUCCAGGAACUCAUGGACACGGAGAAGUCCUAUGUCAAGGAUCUGACCUGCCUUUUUGAAUUAUACUUAGAACCACUUCAGAAUGAGACAUUUCUUACCCAAGAUGAAAUGGAAUCUCUUUUUGGAAGUCUGCCAGAAAUGCUGGAGUUUCAAAAGGUGUUUUUGGAGACCCUGGAAGAUGGCAUUUCUUCAUCCUCUGACUUCAACAUACUUGAAACUCCCUCCCAGUUCAGAAAAUUACUCUUCUCCCUUGGAGGCUCUUUCCUUUAUUAUACAGACCACUUUAAAUUGUACAGUGGAUUUUGUGCCAAUCAUAUCAAAGUACAAAAAGUUCUAGAGAGAGCGAAAACAGAUAAAGCAUUUAAGGCGUUCUUGGAUGCUCGAAACCCUACCAAGCAGCAUGCUUCCACCUUGGAGUCAUACCUCAUCAAGCCUGUUCAGAGAGUUCUGAAGUACCCUCUGUUGCUCAAAGAGUUGGUGUCACUGACAGACAAUGAAAGCGAGGAACAUUAUCACCUGACAGAAGCACUAAAGGCAAUGGAAAAGGUAGCAAGUCAUAUCAAUGAAAUGCAGAAAAUCUAUGAAGAUUAUGGCACUGUGUUUGAUCAGCUGGUAGCAGAGCAGAGUGGGACAGAGAAGGAGGUUACAGAACUUUCCAUGGGGGAGCUCCUGCUUCACUCUACAGUUUCCUGGCUGAAUCCCUUUCUGUCCCUUGGAAAAGCAAGGAAGGAUCUCGAGCUUACCGUGUUUGUUUUUAAGAGAGCCGUCAUACUGGUUUAUAAAGAAAACUGCAAACUGAAGAAGAAAUUGCCUUCCAGUUCCCGACCUACACAUGUUCACGGUGACUUGGACCCCUUCAAAUUCCGGUGGCUAAUUCCUUUAUCUGCUCUUCAAGUCAGACUGGGAAAUGCAGCAGGGACAGAAAAUAAUUCUAUCUGGGAGCUGAUCCACACCAAGUCGGAGAUAGAAGGGCGGCCGGAGACAACCUUUCAGUUAUGUUGCAGUGACUGUGAAAGUAAAACCAACAUCGUGAAGGUGAUCCGUUCCAUCCUGAGGGAGAAUUUCAGACGUCACAUAAAGAGUGAAUUGCCACUAGAGAAGACGUGUAAAGAUCGCUUGAUACCACUCAAAAAUCGCAUUCCUGUCUCAGCCAAAUUAGCUUCAUCAAGGUCCUUAAGGGUGCUAAAGAAUUCUCCCAGCAACGAGUGGAACAGUGAUACUGGAAAAGGAAACUUACUGGAUUCUGAUGAAUGUAGCCUGAGUAGUAGCACGCAAAGCAGUGGCUGUCACACUACUGAAAGUCGGCAGGAAUCCAAGGAUUCGUCACCUGAGAAGUACCCACAGACAUGUUCAUCUGAUUUUUCAGACAGUCUUAUUAAAGAGUCUGAUAUUUUGAGUGAUGAAGAUGAUGAUUUUCAUCAAACUCUGAAAAAAGGCAGCCCUACAAAAGACAUUGAAAUUCAGUUCCAAAGGCUGAAGAUCUCCGAGGACUCUGAGGGUGACAGCACUGCCGAUCAACAGCCCAGAACAGAGGUUGGAAACAAUCUUAACAGUGUAGCGCAUCCAAAGCUGGUGCGUGGACAUUUCUGUCCCAUUAAGCGGAAAGCAAACAGUACCAAAAGGGAUAGGGGGACUCUGUUAACACUGCAAGCACGCCAUCAGUCUCUUGACAGUAAAUCUGAAAAUGCUAACAUUGAUUUAAAUUCCAUACUAGAGAGGGAAUUCAGUGUCCAGAGUUUAACAUCUGUCGUUAAUGAGGAGUGCUUUUAUGAGACAGACAGCCAUGGAAAAUCAUAGCGCUGAUGCUCAAAUUUUGAUUUCAUUCCACAUAUGGUUUAAGUGGCUCAUUUUGCUUUUCAGCUAGUGGUAAAGUGGAAAUUGCCAGAAAACUACUAACUUUGGUUUUGUGCACUAUGUUUUCCCACAAAGAAUAGUUGUAAAGGUUUAAGUUAUUUUAAUUUAUUGUAUAUCAGAAAAGUAGAUUAAGCUGGUCAGAAUCUGUAAAUUACUUAGUUUAUAUCCUUUUUUUUUUGAGCAGGUAUCAAAAUUAUUUGGUGUCUUUUAAAGUAAAAUUGCAUUUUAAUUAUUUUAAGUUAUGUGAAAAAAGUAAGGUGGGAAAUUUGUGAUUAAUUGCUUUUUAAAAGGUCAACUUUUUUAAUCCUCUGGGCAUUUUCUUUCAGCUGUUUAUCUUUGCUUAAUUAUGCUUCAAAGUUAUUUUUAAAUGUGGUUUAGGGGCACCAUGUGCAAGAAUUUCAUUUUUGUAAGGUUAUAAGAGAUGCUGUUUAUAAUAAACAUAUAUUAUAUAUAUAUAUAUCUAUGCAGUAUAUCUAUUAAAAGAACGCUUGUACUUUAA